UGAAUUUUUGUUAUAAACGCGUCGUCGUUUCCAUUCGAUCCGUCUACCUAUUUUGCGUAUAACGAUGAUGUCCGAUAAUUCUCUUACCUAAAUAUUAUUAUAUAAAUAUAAAUUCAACUUGACCACGUAAAUUCAGCCCUUAAAGAUCUUCAAAGAAAUUGUGAAAAACAAAAAUGGUCGCUAUCCCUUUGAUGUUGUUGGAAGAGGAUGUUGAACAGGGUGGCAAGGAACAGUCCGAACAUGAGAUAGAAGAUGACUUUGCUUACAGGAAUAACGUGCAUAAUGCAGAUAUCAAGAUACGAAUGGGUUUCUUACGGAAAGUUUAUGGUUUGUUGAGUAUGCAGAUCUUGAUGACAGUUGCGUUAGCUUCGAUAUUUGUGAUCAGCUCAACCGUGAAGUUAUAUGUGCAAGAUAACGCAUGGACCAUAGGUUUAGCGUUUUUCCUGACAAUGGCAAUCCUAAUUGCUUUGAUGAUAAAAAGGAAAGAUCAUCCUGCCAAUCUGAUUCUUUUAAGCGCAUUUACGCUGGUACAGGCGUAUACUGUCGGAGUUGUGGUGUCCAUGUACGAUACCACAGUAGUCUUGGAAGCUCUGUUUAUAACGUUGACUGUUUUGCUCGGCUUGACAGCUUACACUUUCCAAACCAAACGAGAUUUCUCAUUUCUAGGAUUCGGAUUGUUUAUUGGACUCUGGUGCCUCUUACUUGGAGGUCUGAUGCAAAUAUUUAUUCAGAGCACCGCACUGGAAUUGGUGAUAAGCAUUGGAGGUGCACUGUUGUUCUGCUUGUUCAUAGUUUUUGACACGCAACUUAUAAUGCACACUCUCUCGCCCGAAGAGUAUAUCUUGGCGACAAUUAAUAUCUACCUGGAUAUAAUCAAUUUGUUCUUACAUAUACUACGAGCGCUUGCUGUUUCGAGGCAGUAAACAGUAUUACUACGUUCAUUUUGAAACGUUAGAAACGCGCAGAAUAAGUUAUUCUAUGAAUCUUUUAUCAUGUAACAUAUAUAAUGCAAAUUCCAAAUCUAUGUAA